AUGCAGGAAUUGGAAGCACGUGCUGCUGCCCAAGCCCGUGAUGACGAGAUUGCAAACAGUGAAACACAGCCGGGGAUCUUGGAGACUGACAAUGUUGCAGAAGCACCUCAGAAGCCUGCCCCUGAACCAGUUCUUCCUGGCAAAGCUGAAACUGAAGCUGGCACUUGCCCGGAAAAGGAGGUGGAACCCGGUACCGACAUGGAUACUCGCAGUGCUGGUUUGAACCAGAAGAAGAAGAAAGCCCGGCGACCCCUGAGCAGAAGGGAACUGUUGCAGAACGCAGCCAAGAUGCGCAUCAGGCGCAUGAUAGCCCCGAAGAAAAAAAAGGUCAGACCUUCAGGUACCGGCCAUGGUGAAAGAGCAGUGGGACAAGGGAACAGAGGAGAAGAACGAAAUGGCACAGCUUUUGAUGGACACCAAUUGGUGCAAGGACCUUUUCUUGACACAGUUGGAGCUAGUGAUCAAGAAAAAGCUGAAGGUGAAGAUCACUCGCAACGAAGGGGACGAAUUGCUGGUGUCAAGAAGGUGUGCGAGCAGUCACCUGAUACACAUAUCAGGAGCAACCGCUAUGAUGGGGUGCUGGAGUACUGGGUCAUUGUCAAAGAGGCUGCAGAACACACUGAGAGCCUGACGCAGGAAGAAAUCCAUCGCCAGAAGAAGAAGGUGGAUGAUUCUGCCAUGCCGAAGAUGGACCAGGCAGGCUUCCAGAAGUUGGAGGAUCAGAAGCGUCGAGACGAUGCUUCAGCUGAAGCAAAAGGUCCCGACAGGGUUGCAGCUGAAGUGGAGCAACGAGCUGUCUUGAAGCGCUUCAUUGACAGCCUUCUGAGUAAGAUGAACAAACUCAGAACCCUCAUUCGGGAUUUGAAGACCAACUAUUCUGAUGAUCCAACAGUGCCCAUCAAGAGCUUGGAGGACAACCUGGGAAACAUGGAUGCCCAGUAUGAGAUGCUCAACGAGCAUUGGGCAGUCGGUGAACAUCUUGAUGAAAAGGCAUCGAAAACGUGGUGGGCCCAAGCUGAGAAGAAGAUGAAGGAAACAAGCGUGGUGUCUUCGCGUGCAUUGGCUGCUGAGCUCAAAGCUCGGAGCGGCAAGAAGUUCUUCCAGAAGACCAAGCCUGAAACUAACCUAGAGACUGGGGAGCCGCAUCCUGACGUGUCGUCACCGCAAUCAGCUUUUGACAUGUUUGCCAUAGGUGCUGGUCCAAGCUUGCGACGCUGGUUUCGAGAUGUUUCCGAUGGUGCCCCUUGUUCAUCAACAAUCAGGGCAGCCCGGGCCGUGGUGGAAGAAGUUCCGGUUGCAGCUCAAACUAGUAUCAAUGUCUUGGCACAAUGUUCGACCAAGAACUCUGAACGGGAUUUCCAUCAGAUUGGAAAAGAAUAUGGACUUACAAUUCCUGUCCCUUUGACUGAUGUCCAAAUUUCAAAGGGAGUUCAAAUCCCAGUAGUGCUUUUGAGUUCGUGGUUCAGGUUCUUGUUGAACUUGAAUCUUUGGCGCACGCUCAGUGGGCUGGAUGCCCGGGAUGAUGACCGUUGCAAGUCUCAGUGGGGAACUUUUUGGACAAGGUAUGAGCGGAUCAUGCCAAACCACCAAGUUUUUGAUCUAGCUAGGAAUGGCUCAAUAGUUUUGGAACGUACUGCUGCGAUCAUUAUUCACGGAGACGAAGGGAGGUCAAAGAAAAAAAAUGCUAUAAUGAUCUUGAGUGCACACUCAUGCCUAGGGAAAGGGUGUGCGGUGGAGAAUCGUAGAGCCACGCUGAAAACAGAUUUUGCAAAGCAAGAUGUGAACAUAGUUGGAAAUACAUGGACAACACGGUGGCUUCUAGGAGUAUUACCAAAAGGCUACUACGAUGCAAAGAAAGGUGACACGGAUGCAUAUGACAGGAUGACAGAAGCCCUUGUGGACGACAUGAAUGAGAUCCUUGCUAAUGGGUGCAUGUCAGCGACAGGUGAGAAAUUUUGGCUCGCCGUGAUCUCGGUGAUAGGGGACUGGCCCUUUCACCAAAAGACUUUUCAUUUGACAAGGACAUUUGGGUCGGUUGCAAAACGGCCCUCCAGUCAAACGGCAUCAAAAGGUAUAUGCAUGCACUGUUUGGCUGACCAAAGUGGAUACCCUUGGGAAGACUUUGAGUCGGCGAAUCCCAAUUGGAGAAGUACAGUUGGGGUCAGCCCACCAUUUGGCAGAGAUCCAAUAUUUCUUCAACUACCUCAUGACCCAGAGAUGCCAACAUCGAUCAUGGGGAUGGACUUGUUUCAUGGUUUCCAUUUGGGAGCUGGAAAAGUCUUCGUUUCCUCGUGCCUCGUGCUAGUUUCUGAGGAGAUGGAAGGAAGUUCAGUGCCGAAAAGGUUUGAGCAGUUGCACGACGUUUUCUUUGACUGGUGCCAAAAAAAAAGCAGCGACCCUACAUCAAACGGCUUAGCCAGGAGACAAUCAAGUGGAUGCAAACUACUGAGUUUCCCAGUGGUGCCUGGUCAAAAGGAUCCACAACUACUUGCCUUUUGAAGUUCAUCAUUGACUUUUGCAAGGAGCGAGAGAACAGUCUUAGAGGGAAAAUACUUCAGAAGUGUUAUCUCGCAGCUGUUGAAAUCGAUAGCUUCUUUUCCAAGCUCUUCAAGGAAGGAAUCUGGAUUCAUGGUUCCAAAGCGUUGGAAAUCUCUGCUCAUGGAUUUAAGUUCCUGAAGCUCAAUGGACGCAUUGCCUACCAGGCUUUUCAAAUGGGACGACCGCUUUUUCCAUUCAUGCCCAAUCUUCAUCGACUUCAUGAAGUUUUCUUUUUGAUGGUUGACCAAGUGAAGUUAGCUGGGUUUUGCAUAUCACCGCUCAUCUGGAUGUGCCAAAUGGAGGAAGACUACAUCGGUAAGCCAUCAAGGAUUAGUCGCAGGGUAUCCUGCCGUCGAGCGUGUCAAAGAACAAUUCAAAGGUCGCUGCUAGCCACUUAUGCCCAUUUAAGAGAUGCCCAAAUUAUCAAAUGAAAGCCAGAGUCAGCGGUUUCACUCCUGGGGUUCGGGCGCUAGACGCUCAAUGCGCAUCACUGCAGAUGCUUGAGAGAGAAAA